AGCAGAGACAAUGCAGUCAAUCAAUCGAGACCGGCUUUUUUGACUGAGCGUGAACAAUGAGUCGACACUCUUUCUCUCUUCUUCUCUUUGUUUCCUUUCUAGGAGCGAUAACCGCUCUCUCUCUCGUUCCUAUAAACUGCAAGGAGUUGUUUCGCGACUGUAACGAUAAAGCUGUGUGUGGAAUUCGCACGUGUACAGUCGUGGAGCGAUGCUGCACUACCGGCUGGGGAUACCGAUGCCAUCUUAACAAAAGGAAAGAGCGCGAAUGUGGACCGUUUCAGUGUGAAAACGGAGGAACUCGUAUUCCUACGAAAGGUAAACGUGACAUCAGUGAUGCUGGAUGUGAGAUACCAAGACCAAGAUGCGCAUGCCCAAGAGGCUUUGGUGGACGAUGCUGUGAAGAAUUAAUUGAUCCCUGUACUUACACUAAGUGUGGAGCUGGACAGAUCUGUAAACCAGAGAAAGUCGAGUGCGUUAAGGCUCCGUGUCCUCUCCAAGGCAUCUGCGUUCCAGAUGCCGGUAUCUGCCCAUUGUUUCCAAACACGAUCACAACAUGUGAAGUCAAACCGUUCGCGUGUACAAACAAUUCCCAUUGUCUCGAUGGCCAAUUGUGUUGCGAUAAAGGAUGCAGUCGUCAAUGUAUGAAGUCUCUACCAACAGGAACAACCGGUUGUGCUCGCGUCGUCUGUCGACCUGGAACGGUUUGCAGGGAAGACGGCGUCUUGUGUCUGCAUGACAAACCAUGCGAAAUGCAAGUGAGAUGCGUGCCUGAAGAUCCUUGUGCGACAGUUGAUUGCGAACCAGGCAAAGUUUGCGUGUCUGGACCUUUUCCCUGUCUCAUUCCGCCUUGUGAUAACUUCCGAUGCGUACCAGAAAAACUUGAUCCUCCGGCUCCAUGUCCUCUGGUUCUUUGCCCAAAAGGCCAGAUCUGCAAGGAGGUACCAAUUCCGUGCUUAAUUCCGCCUUGUCCGAGGAACUUCCAGUGCGUUGAUCGCGAUCUCGAUCCCUGUGUCAAUAUAAAGAUAAAAUGUCCAGGGGGCACGUCGUGUGCCAUCCGGAAUGGUCGUCCUGAAUGUGUGAGGCCUGGCACGUGUCCUAAAUUUCCUGGUCUCAUUACAACAUGCGAAAUCGGUCCCGGACACUGUCUGAGCGACAUCGAGUGCCAGCACGGUGAGAAAUGCUGCAGCAAGGGAUGCGGUCGCGAGUGUGUUCCGAUCUUCAAAGUAAAAUCCGUGUCCUUGGACUCUGAGUCCUGAAGGGAUCGUUUGCGUUGAUGAGAACGGUGGAGGUGUAUGCAAAGAUGCAUACUGUGUGGUGCAUGAACUGACUUAGUAUACGUGACAUUGUUAGUUAGUCUUGCGUUACCGGUUUACUUUUAACGUCAAUCUUUCUUCAAGUUUUACUUGUGGAUAUAGUGUUAGACAACGAGUUAUAUGUUAUUGUUAUGUCGUUAGGUAAGAGACUGUAUUUUGAAAACGAAGAAUCACUACAGAGCCA